AUGAAUAUAACUAUAUUAUUUAAUCGUCGUUUGUUUAUCCUCAAGAUUAAUCGUGUUAAUAUUACUAAUUCAAUAAUAGCAAUAAAUUCGCAUAAUGGACGAGCCCACACAACCCAAACCAACAGGAUCAAAACAAAUAAUAAUAUUAAUACUAGGGUCAGUAACAUUAACACCAAUAAUUCUAAAAGUGUAACUAAAUCAUUGUUAUCACUACCAUUGCCACCAGUCUCAUCGUCAUUAUCUAACGAUGUAUAUCAACGUUUUCGAUCUAGAGAGAUGUUGAGAUGGACACAGGAGGAAACUGAUUUGUUGGAGAAAGCGGUUGUCAAACACGGGACUGAAUGGGAAUUAAUAUCAGUGGAAUAUUUCAAUUGCAAAAAAGACACUGCAACUUUAUCACGAAAAUGGAACUACAUUAGAAAAAAUAAAUCACUGUUAUAUUACGAUCGAUGGACAGAGGAAGAAGAUAAGAAACUGAAAAUGCUUACUAAAAAGCAUGGAACAAACAAUUGGAGCAAAAUUGUGGAACAGUUUAAUAAUACACGGAAUCUACUACAAAUUAAAAGACGAUGGGAACAACUAGCAUGGAAAAAAAAAGGUAAAUGGUUACCGGAGGAACAUGCGAUGUUGACACUUUUAGUGGAACAGUAUGGGUUCAAGUGGAAUGCUUUCUCAAGAGCUCUUGGUAGACCACCCGGCACUUUACGACUAUACUAUGACUAUGCCAUAGCCAACCCACCUUGGACAAAAGUUGAAAAUGAUCAAUUGUAUCAGGCGGUGAAGGAUCAUGGCGAGGAUUGGGAUAAGAUCAAAGAAUUGUUUCCUUAUCGAUCAAAAAAUAACCUUAAAUAUCAUUAUGACAGAUCAAUAUCGGUUAAUCCUUCAAUUAAAAAAGGAAUUUGGUCUGAAGAAGAGAUUAAGGCUCUUGAGAUUUCCUACAGUAAGCAUGGAAAGAAAUGGAGAUUGGUUUCUGCUGAUGUUGGUACAAGAUCUUCGAUCCAAUGUAGAUUACGAUUUAAGGCUUUAACACGCGAUUCAAUUUCGGCGUCUUUAUUAAAUAAUCAUACUUUUCCUUCUGCUUUAUCCACCACAACUACCGUAACCGUAACCGCUGUUGCUACUUCUCCUUAUCAAUCAUCACCUACUACUACUGACAUACAUGGACAAUCAUCUUCAUCGCAACAGCAAGAAUUACCACUACAACAAGUACAUGAAUUGUCAUCAUCACCAUUAUUAAAAAAAGAGCAAGAAGGACAAGAGAAAAUGCAUUAUCAUUCCCCUCAAAAUGAUGAUGAUCAUCAAAAAUUUCCACAAAGAGACAGAUUUCAGCAACAGUUUAACACUACCAAUUCACAUAUUUCGUAUGAAGAAACUAGCAAUAAUACAAAUGAUGAUGAUCUAUUACAAUUUAUUAUUAAUCCUUGUUUAUUUAAUAUUGAAGAUGGCAAAAAUGGAGGAAACGAUAUAAUGUCAACUCAUCAUCACACAAAUUACUAUAAUAGUUAUAUCAAUAAUGAGAAUAUAUAUGCUAAUGGCAUUGAUAUUAAUAAUAACAAUGAAAUAAAUAUAGUUGGUAGUCUUGACAUUGACGAUAACAAUAGUUUUGGCAUCAACAAGACAAUUCACAAUCACACUUUUGAUCAAUUUUUAGAACAUCCUACUAAACAUGAUUUGAUGAAAUUUCAACAACAACAAAAUUCAUCAUCGAGUAAUUCUGUAGAUAUUUUUCAUUUAAUAGAAAAUGAUGAUUUAAAAAAUGACUUGAUUAAUUUAUCAUCGCCGUCAUCAUCACUAACACUUCAGCCACGAUCUUUGCUGUUAACAUCACAAUUAUCUCCUUCAUCAUCAACCACAACAAUCAUAGCUAAUAAUGAUAGUUUAUCUGAACGAGCAAACCAAUUUUCAGAAAAACGACCGCUCAUAUCUACAAUAUCUUAUAAUGAUGAUGGUGUUGAUGACGAUAGUACAACUACUACAUAUCCAUAUCUUUUGAGAACAAUUCCAAGUAACUCUCAAAUAAACGACGAUAAUAAUGAUAAUUCUUCAGCUGCCGCUUCAAUAUUAUAUCGUGAGCAAACAAAAUCAAUUAAAAAAGAAACAAAUUUAACAACUCCAGUUUUAAUGUGGGUCAGAUACUCUGGUCAUGAAAAAGAAGGUUAUUGUGAUAAUUGUGAACCAGAUAAAUGGCUACAACUGAAAAAUAUAUCUGGAAAAAUGUUUAUUUCUCCGGUGGAAAUACGCAAAUUUGACUCGCCUGGCAAACGUACCGAAGGUCUUUGUCAUCAAUGUAAUCAAUGGGUUACAAUUUCAACUUCUCAAGAAGAAUUAGACAAUAUGAUGAGAAAAUUAGAGAUAUUGGAAGAAAUGAAUGCACAAUUUGAAGGAGGAAAGGUUCGAUUGGAAGACAAUGAAAAUGAAUUGAUAACAGAAAAUAGUAAACUUAAAGCGUACAGUAUCAAGUUGAAGGCAGACAAUAAGAAAUUGAAAAAAUACAAGAAAACGGUAGAUUAUAAUUAUGGAGUCUUGGACUCAAUCAAUUCACAACUUAUGAGGGACAAUGCAAAAUUAGAGAGACAAUGUAAAAUGUUGGAAAAAUUAGACAGGUUUGAGAAAUCGUUAGUGGAGCAAAGUGAAAUAGGAAAAGAUCAAGAUAUACAAAUUAAAAAAUUGAAUUUUCUAUUGAAUAAAGAAAGAGACAACAAUAAAAUAAAUGUUAAAAAGGUUAAUAAAUACUUGAAUAUUAUUCAGGAUUUGAAUAAAGAUAAAGAAGAUUUGAAAAAUCUCAGAGAAAUAGAACAGCUUGAACAAUUCAAGCAAACCAUAAAGUGCAAAAGCAAGGGUUAG